AUCGAAAGCGAAGGCGGUCGGAAAAGCAUCUACAUCAAAGCAAGCCUUUAAAAAGUGUGAUACAAGGAUAAUAACUUCUUAACUCCCAUUCUUAAGCCGUCGGUUUUUCAUUUACUUUGGUUUCAUUGACAAUAGUGAGUGAUGUUGUGGAGUGAAUACAGAUGAGGACAUUACAUCUGUAUGAGGGAAAGCACAGCAUUGUGUGUGUAUAUCCGCAUGACUAACAUUAACUGGUACCUACAGAUAUGUGUUGUGAUCCUGUGAAGCAAAAUGAAGGAUGGUUAGAGAACUAUUGUUUGAUGGCAAGGCGCUGAAAUCACAGAGAUGUAUUCCCGACGAUUAAAAGCUCUACAGGACAGGGUGGCUCAAAUCUACUACACUCAUGGGCUUUUCUGUGCCAGCCACCCACUCUCCAUCAUCUGUUGUGUCAUCGGCAUGGCUCUCUUAGCCUGUUACCCUCUGACUAACCUGCCAUUACCUGGAAAUGCUCCAGUUGAAGUGAACACCCCAAUAGCUGAGUAUUCUGUACCGGUUGUCCAAGCCCAGACUGAGAGAGGAAAAGAUGAUAUUGUCAAACAGCGAUGGUACUUGACUCAUCCUGUAGCCUAUAUCCAGCAAAUCAUUGUCAAAGCCACUGUGUCUCCGUGGGAGAGUGAGGACAUGCAGGUGACGGAUGCUUUACGAGGACCUCUGUCUAAGGCAUUUGCAAUUCUCGAGGCUAUUAAUACCUUCAAGUUCACUGAUGGGCAGAAGGAUAUAUCCAUGGCAGACCUUUGUCUACGAGUAGGAGAACUGGUGACACAUAAAAAACUGAGAGGGAUACUUCCAGAGUAUAACUGCCUAGUUGUCUCCCCUGCAAAUUUCUGGCAUGGAGAUUUCAAGAAGUUCAUUUUGGAUUCCUCAGAAGUGAAGACAAUUAAGACUGCUUAUGGCCAACCUCUGGAAACCUCUCCGACAUUGCAAGACUUACUGAUUGGUGUCCCAUGGAAGAAAACGGGCAUGUCUGGAUACUUUUUGAGAAAUCGAAGACGUACCAUCACAUUCGCCUUCACAAUAAUGUAUAGGAACUUCAGUGAGAGGUUUACCCGGUCAUUGCGUGAGAAGCUGGAGAAGCUGUUCCCAUUGACCUCUGACACGGUCAAUAACACGGACAUCCAGCACCUAGUCCACAUCCACUACAAGGACAUUAACUACUUUGUGGAGUACACUCCCUUGCUGGUCAUCUACUUUGUCCUCCUUCUUUACAUCUACUUCUCUGUCUGUAAGAUAGAGAUGGUGAAGUCCAAGUGGGGUCUAGCUAUCAGUGCUGUGGCUACACUGAUUGCCUCGCUGCUCAUGUCUGUCAGCAUCUGUACACUGUUUGGCCUGACACCCACGCUCAAUGGAGGUGAGAUUUUCCCCUAUCUGGUGAUGAUUAUAGGCCUGGAGAAUGUGUUAGUGCUGACCAAGUCCGUGGUCUCUACCCCAGUCCACCUGGAUGUCAAGUACAGGGUGGCCCAAGGCCUGAGUAAGGAAGGCUGGUCCAUAACCAAGAACCUGGUGGCUGAGCUGCUCAUUAUCCUUGUCGGCUUUUUCACCUUUGUUCCUGCCAUACAGGAAUUCUGUUUGUUUGCUGUGGUUGGACUCCUGUCAGACUUCUUCCUGCAGAUUGUCUUCUUCGCUACAGUGUUAUCUGUGGAUAUCCGCAGAAUGGAGCUGUCCGAUCUUCACAAACAAAGCAUCCAACAGGAGAUGUCUUCAGAGGAGUUAUCUUUUCCUGCCAUUGAGCCACUCAUCCGCUGCCCAGUGAUGACGAGAUUGACCCCUCCCUCUCCAGAUCCACCAAUCCGCCUACAGCGUUCUAAGUCAGCCCCAGGGCUAGACACUAUCAGCUUAGUAGGAACCCCGCCCUCCCCCGAGGCAGAUGAGGCUUUCUUCCCUCCCCGAAUCCUGCCUCGACGACUAAGAUUUCUGUAUUUCUGGGCACGGACUAGGAUUUUCCAAAGAGCCAUUAUGGUGUGCACAGUUAUUUGGAUUGCCUUGAUCAUGUACAAGACGGGAUUGGUGGAAAAACUGGCUGCUGCCUCUGAGAGUUUGACAGUGCAGCCUAUACCCGGGCCAGCCAGUAGCCUGGAGUCGGUGCUUAAAGGGGCAGGACCUGGAGGAGGCGGGCCAGUUGGGGCAGGGCCAGUAGGGGUGGGGCCUGGAGGGGCGGGACCAACAGUGGCACAGUGGCCUCAUGAAGCAGAACACCUACACAGUGUGCCAAAAGAAGAGGAACAGAGUACAGAACACAGUGACCUUGAACUGUGGCGCCAUCUGUCCUUCAAACACUGGCGGACACUGCUGGGAUAUUACAACAUAAGUCUCUCAGGAAGACAUAUCAGCAUUUUGCCAUCCCUGCACCUGUCCAUCAAAGUCAGCCCCCAGGAGGUCAUCAAAGUGCGACCACCCAUGUCAGAAGAGCAAGCCAAUAGUGAUGUCACCACAGGCACUCAGAGGAGGGACCAGGAGAAGACACAACCUGGCCAGUCAACUGUCAAUCAAUCCGCAGGGAACCGUCCUAUUGUGCCAGGAGGCCCUGCACCCAGCCUGAAGUUGUUCUACCCUCAGAGUCUGAAGGAGUUCACAAUCACGGUCGUCCUUGCUAUCCUCAGCCUUCUCCUCCUUGUCUACUUCCUCGUUAUUCUCUAUAAGUGCUGCUGCUCAAGGAACUACGACAAGUGGCGCAGCUCCUGGUCUAAGAAAGCCAAAAGGGUGAAGGGAAAGUACUUCCGGCAGAUCAAGGAUUCUCUCCCCUUGAUCCUCAAGGGCCAUGCUUUGGACAUUGAGUGUUUAGCUACAGAUGGCCCCUUGAUAGUCAGCUGUUGUCUGGGAGGACAACUGAGGGUGUGGGACUCCAAUUCUGGUGAAUGUCUCACACACAUACAGAGACAAGGUGUGACUCCACCCAUGAAGCGUAAACCAUGUGUGGGCCGCAAUGUGGAGGACAGUGAUGCAGACUUGUACGCUGAGUUUCAUGAAGACGAUUUCACUAGGAAGCUACACGCAGGUCCCCCAGGAGCCAGUUCCUUCAGAGGCGGUGUCUUGGCUGACACGCCGUGGUCACCUGAAUACUCUCUGUCCUUCACGGGCUCAAACUUGUUCGUGAGUAGCCAACAGGACAAGGACAUGGAGAGAUGUGACGUGACUUCGCGCAGACGCUUGACGGGCAUGUCAGAGAGCAUGGGUGCGGAUAGACCUGACGACGAGGGACGUAACCGCAGCUGGAGCACAGGGAGUGCUAUGGGAACCUACGACCCAGCCCCGGGAAAUGAGCGUGGUGGGGAUGACUGGCUGACUCCUGCAGUCUGGUGCAUGGCCUGUCAGGACAACAUUAUCAUUUGUGGGUGUGGCAAUGGCAGGAUUGAGUUUUGGGAUAGCCUGACAGGUGUGCUGAGAUACCUGUAUGAUGACUGUAAGGAUGGUGUCACUUGUAUCUGUGUUAAUGGCAACAGGGUGACAGCAGCCAGGUUGAACGGAGAAAUUGAUUUCUUGGAGCUGGAAACCUUUCAGAAUCCAACCAAAUCUCACACUCAGCAGGUAGCAGCAUUACACAACAGAGGUCACGUGAGACAAGCUGAUGCCUUCCCCUCCUCAAAACACUGGGAGGAAAUCAUCCAUUAUAACCUAAUAGAGAGAGUACCUGCUCACCAGCAGCCCAUCAACUCCCUCCAAAGUGUGGGAGGUCGUGUGGUGUCUGCUAGCUCAGAUCACACACUCAAGGUGUUCCGUGUAGAAGACUGUGCUUGUCUGUAUACCCUCCAUGGUCAUAUGGGUAGUGUAACAGCUCUGCAUCUAGAUAAGAGUCAUCCCUAUGCCGCAGCUAGCGGCUCCGCGGACGGGACAGUACGCUUAUGGGACCUGGUGGCAGGGGCGUGUGUCCACAAGAUGAGGGGAUUGGGCAGUGUGGUCACCCUGCUGACCGCUACUGACCAGUUUGUCAUCAGCUCUGACCAGGACGACAUCCUGUGUAUCUGGGAGAGGAAUCAUGGCCAGCUCAUCCACACCAUUCAUAAUGAUCUCUAUGGAUUCACAAGCUUAGCAAUGCUGUUCCCUAACAAACUAGUGACAGGAGGUCAGGGUUGUGUCUGUCUAUGGGAUGUCACUACAGGUGAGAUGGUGAAGAAGGUAAACAUCGGCUCCCCGGGGCGACCUUACUCUGUCAACUUCCUUAAGGUCAUUGGCACCUCCCCUGUUGUCGGCAAUACCUCAGCUGUUAGCAACACCUGUGUCAUUUGUGACUACGGCAGCCAAAUCCAUGUCAUCCAGUUUCCCACAGUGUUAGAAAAAACAGCACAGUAACAGUAUUUAUCCACACCAGUCCAUCUGUCACCAUUAUGUAAUGUCCCCAUGUGUGUAAAUGUACAUGUCUGGGUAUGUCUUUAUUCUCUGAUGUCAUAUUGUGUUUCAUUGUACCAGUUGCAGGUUUCCUAAGGUAAUACAAUAUUUAAAUCACCUCAGGUAGAGCCUUAAUUAAUUGGAAGAGACCCCAAAAAUGAAACUGGGAAAUCUGUGCAAACAAUCCUCUGAAAACUACAUGUACAUUUAUAUAUGGGUUUUCUAAUUUUUUUCUAAUUUUUUUUUUUUUUACUCACAGUUGAAUGCAUUUAAAUGUUAGAAGUCUAUUGUAUGCUUUAUGGAUUAGCCAGUGAGGUCAUUAUCUUUUUCUUGACGAAAAAAAUUUUUUUUUUGAUAGAAGAAAAGCUCAUAUUAUACUGGUGUACGUUGCACAAAUGAAGUUCCAUCUCCAGAAUGUUUUCCCAGGAGAGAAAGACGGUCAGUAAAUACUAAUGUGGCCCAUAAAGCCAACCAUAGAGUUAAAGCAUUUGGCUUCAGUGACAUCAGUGUAAGAAAUCCACACAAAAAUUAAAGCCAGGUAUUCAUAUGCUGUAAAUCUUCAACCUUUUCAACCGGUAAAGCACUUUCUUCAGUGGAAUUUAUGCAUUCAAUUGUUUUUAAAGUGACACAAAAUUUGUUUUCCCAGUGGAAUUUAUGCAUUCAAUUGUUUUUAAAGUGACACAAAAUUUGUUUGUGACAAGCUUCAUAAAACUGCAAAUUAUUGCUCUACACUCAUAGUUCUCUCAGAGUGUUUCAAAAUAUUGGCUACAGAGAUGGUUGAAAAGGUUGAAUUGCUGAUUCUUUAUCUGUUAUUUUGAAUCACGUCAGUAACGCACUCUAUAAGUCAGUCAACACUUCUGUGACACGGGCCAAAAUGCUGUACUAUUGAUUUAUGUAUAUUUCAGGAACGAAGUGUGAUAUUUUUGAGAUGUUAGAGAUUUUGACAUCCACCUGAAUCAAGCAGUGUUUUUUUUUUUUUACUCAUUGCCACAAUGAAAAGUUUGGUACCACACACAUUGCUGUAACUGUUCAUAUUGGAGUUAUUGCAGCAGUAAGUUUUAAAGUAUGCUUUUAUAUAAUUUAUAUAUUUAUGAGUAAGUUGUUGUGUACAAAGUACAGCCAUAUAAUGUUAUUGUUUAUGAUCAUUCUCAUCAAUGUGUACAUAAGCAUGUACUGGAGUUUUCGUAUGUUUACACUCCACACAUACUGUUAAUUAGAUAUAGUGAUAGCUCUGUAAUGUUUAAAAUUGUAUUAAAGCGAAAACCAGCAUGAUCUUUGGAACCUGAUGUUACCACGAUUGUCAGCAACUUGCAGAUGGUGCUGGGUUUGGCCCGGGUUCUGCCCAGGUUCUGCCUGCUUUUCUGCUCUAUAAUUCUGGCUGUAGUACAAGUGAAAUAAUCUUCAGUAUAGCAUAAGACUCCAAUCGAAUAAAUAAGUAAAUAAAUAAAUAGAUGCUGCCAUUGCUGGGAGCAUAUGUGACAGAUUAAAACUCAUUCAUGUGAAUUUGAUCCUUAUUUAGGGACUGGGAGGGUGUAUAUAAGAGAGCAGGAGUCAUUCAUACAAAUUUGUUACUCAUUUUAGGAAAGUUUGUAUUCUUUGUAUAUUGUAUAUUGAGUGUGAUUUGUGUUGCUUUGAACCUCAUGACCUGUUACCUAUUACCUGUCAGGACAAUAUGAUACAUUUGUUGAAUUAGUGGAUUGUGAGGGUGCAGAUUGUCUGUCCGAAGGAAAAAAGCAUCACAUUGAAAAGUUUAAUUGGUUUAGAUACUGAAAAUAGAAGAUACAUGUGAUCAACAGGCUUUAAGCUUGCGUUUAUUUAUUAUUCCCAGAUCAUGUGAUUUUGUAACCUGCCUAUUUUAUUUUUAUUUAUUUUUUUGUCCAUCCUAUUUUAAUGCUUUAAAUAUGCUAGCUUUCUUAAUAAGGAAGAAAGUUUAUGUGCCCUCAAUUGUCUGUUACAGGAUGAGAAAUGAAACAUCUUCAUUUGUCUAUAACACCAUAGCAAAUGUACCUCCGAAUGUCUGUAAAUAGAAAUGCAAAUUUAUCUGCAUUUGUCUGUAACAUUAAGGUUAAAAGUACCUGUACUUGAACACAAGUAGAUACACUGAUGUACUGUGUAACAUACACAACUCUCCAGCUCUGUCUCCCCACACUUGUCCAGGCUAGCACAGCAUAUCACAUCAAGACUACAGUUUACAAUUACUGGUGUAGCUGUGUAUUUCCCAAUUGCCUAAACUAUUCACCAAUAA